UGGGUCCAUCUGGCCCCCUAAAAAAUAUUCACAACAUUAUUGAUUAUAUUCCCCAGACUGUCUUGUCUAUCCCUGAUGGCCAGCUAUUUUCAAAUGCUGUGAUGAACAAGGAAGUAGAAAAAUAGGAAAGAGGGACAAGAAAAAGAAGGAAUAACCGUUUUAAAAAGUCACUAGUAAAAUAGCCAUUAUGUUUCCAAACCCUGGAUAUGUGCUUAUUUCAUGGCUAAAAUGAUGAAUUUUGAAAGGAUUUGAAAAAGCGGUGGCCUUCUGCCACCUCUAGGAAUGAGUCCUGCUUACCACCCGGUUUAAUUUGAAGAAAGCAGCAGCAAUUCAGACCCAGAACCAAGAAACUUGGACUUCAAUCUCCUUAAUCCCAAAUCAAAAGAAACCGGAAUAGGCAGAAUACUUGCUUCUCAAAGAGCCUAACAGCCCACUUCCCUCUCUGAGAAAGGAAGGGUUCCUAAUGUAACCUCACCCAGACACAGGUGUGAUGGAAGGGAUCUUAGGUUUGGGGUGGGAUAGUUGGGUUUCAGGUCCCAACUCUACUUGAAACAGUAAUUCUUAACAAGUUAACCUUUUUGGGUCGGUCUUGUCAUAAAAAGCAACUUGCUAGCAAUGUACUCCACACCAUCAGCAUCUCUCCCGGAGCCAGGAUCUUCCGUGUUUUUCUGGUACAAAGCUCUGGCACUUCGAGGCCAUAGAGACAUUAUAUCUGAAAGGCAAAUAAGAAAAAUUCUAUUCUCACCCACUCCCAUGUAGUUUUCUCUAUCAAAUGCAAUCUCCAAUUGAAAUGGAUUCUUCCAGAAAGAAAAAUAAGCAAUCUCAGGCCAGUAGAUUAUCUUAAUAUGAGUUUAAUUCUGAGACUGCUGUCAGUAACCACUACAAAGAGCAAAACUGUUUUUCUAAGGAGAUAAUACCAAAUGAGAGAGAAAUCUCUUCCAGUUUUCAGAACUAAAUCGAAGUGCCUUUGCAUAUCUCCUAAAAAAGAAGUGGCUUCUUUUCUAAUGAAUUAUAGCUACUGUAGUUAUCCUGAAACCAGGGUGGGUUCAACUUCUCUAAAAUGGAUGAAGAAAUGUUAAAUCAAGUCACAUGACAGGGCCUGGAACGGGGAAAUGAUUUUGUGCAAAUGCCAAAUUUAAAUUCUGCUUCUGCUGUUAAAAUUAAAGCACUACGGGGAAGAAGUAACGAAAAAGCACAGGCAAGAGGAAACAGUUUCUCAGAGGGCUGGGUUCUUCAGGUUUUCGAUUCCUUUUGGCUCUGCUGGCUUUAACUUCAUUCUCAUAUUUAGAUAUAUUAAGGAGACAGAAUGAAAAAUCUGGAACACUGAUACUCGCCAGGAAGCAUGAUUUGUUGAAAUAUGAGGAUAAGGCGAAAGGGUUACACGCCUUUAGUUAUCAGAUUCCACGGUUGGCAAAAUCUGUCCGCCGUUCAGUGACCAUCAGCUGCCUUGGCCUCUGUGCCGCCAGCCAUGUUUUUUCACUCAACCUUGAGAUCCUGGUUUGUGACUUCCCACUCGCCACCAUAAGGUACAGCUGAGCGCUCUUUUCUACAGUAGCCCUGAGAGCUCCAGAACACACCAGAAAAAAAAGGCAGCUAACAGAGUUGUUCCAAAGCAGGCAUUAAUGUUUCUUCCUGCCACCUCCUCAGAACCUCAGCAUGAGAACUCGGCGCUGUUCGCGGACAGACACCAUGGACAGCUCUUCAGGCGCCGCCUGGUUGGCUCGCGUGCUGACUCCCCGGAGCCCUGCCCCACGUCCGUCAGGCCCGGUGGGGGCGGCUGGGGGUGGUCCUGACACCCAUCUUGGGUGCGUACCAAUACUCAGCUCCUAGAGCUUUUCCCCAGAGUCCCUGGCGUCCAGGGGGAGGGUUGGUUAGCACUGAAGAGCCCACGCGAGGGGGACCAGAGCGGAUCCUCCCUUUCCCGGCAUCCCCAGCGGUGGGACCUGCAGCUGCAGCCUGGGGACACGCCACCCGAGGCUAAGGUGGCUGCGCGUGGAGGCGGCGGACAGCCCACCUGCACCUGGCUCACAGGGAGGCCGGGGUGGGCGGGGCCUCCCUCCGACGCACCGCCCUUUCCCCCGCGAAGGGCGGACCUUCCGCCCCCGCCCGCAGCGCAAUGCGGAAGAGAUGGGCCUGUUGGAGCGGAAGUGACGCUUCCGGUGGCUGCGGCGGCAGCGGCUGCGGGAGAAGGAGGAGGAGGAGCCGGAGGAAGAGGGCUGCCUCUGAAGAAAGGAGAAUGGCGUUCAGCAAAGGAUUUCGGAUCUAUCACAAAUUGGAUCCCCCACCUUUCAGUCUCAUAGUGGAAACUAGGCAUAAGGAAGAAUGUCUCAUGUUCGAGUCUGGGGCUGUAGCCGUGCUCUCAUGUGCAGAAAAAGAGGCAAUCAAGGGUACAUACUCCAAAGUACUGGAUGCGUAUGGACUCCUAGGUGUCUUACGAUUAAAUCUUGGUGAUAUCAUGUUACAUUACCUGGUCCUAGUCACUGGAUGUAUGUCUGUUGGGAAAAUUCAAGAAUCUGAAGUUUUCCGAGUUACUUCUACUGAGUUUAUAUCUCUACGUGUUGAUUCUUCAGAUGAGGAUCGCAUUUCAGAAGUGCGAAAGGUUUUGAAUUCAGGAAACUUUUAUUUUGCAUGGUCCGCAUCUGGGGUCAGCUUAGAUCUGAGUCUUAAUGCGCAUCGCAGCGUGCAGGAACACACGACUGACAAUAGAUUCUUCUGGAAUCAGUCUUUGCACUUGCAUCUCAAGCACUAUGGUGUCAACUGUGAUGACUGGUUAUUACGCCUCAUGUGUGGGGGAGUAGAAAUCAGAACAAUUUAUGCUGCUCAUAAACAGGCAAAGGCUUGCCUCAUUUCCAGACUAAGCUGUGAGCGAGCUGGGACCAGAUUCAAUGUCCGGGGAACAAACGAUGAUGGCCACGUUGCUAAUUUUGUAGAAACAGAGCAGGUGGUAUACUUAGACGACUCUGUUUCUUCCUUCAUACAAAUUCGGGGUUCUGUUCCAUUGUUCUGGGAGCAGCCAGGGUUGCAGGUGGGAUCUCAUCGUGUCCGUAUGUCAAGGGGAUUUGAAGCCAAUGCACCUGCUUUUGACAGGCAUUUUAGAACACUUAAGAAUUUAUAUGGUAAACAAAUAAUAAUAAAUUUGCUUGGAUCUAAGGAAGGUGAACAUAUGCUAAGUAAGGCUUUCCAGAGUCAUUUGAAAGCUUCUGAACAUGCUACUGAUAUCCAGAUGGUGAAUUUUGACUAUCAUCAAAUGGUUAAAGGAGGAAAGGCAGAAAAAUUACAUAGUGUUCUUAAACCUCAAGUCCAGAAGUUUCUAGAUUAUGGAUUUUUUUAUUUUGAUGGAAAUGAAGUUCAAAGAUGCCAGAGUGGCACAGUUCGAACAAACUGCUUGGAUUGUCUUGAUAGGACCAACAGUGUGCAGGCAUUCCUUGGCUUAGAGAUGCUAGCUAAACAGCUGGAAGCUCUUGGCUUGGCUGAAAAGCCUCAACUGGUGACUCGCUUUCAAGAAGUGUUUCGGUCAAUGUGGUCUGUGAAUGGUGAUUCAAUCAGUAAGAUCUAUGCAGGAACUGGGGCUCUUGAAGGAAAGGCUAAGUUAAAAGAUGGUGCUCGUUCUGUUACUAGAACGAUUCAAAAUAACUUCUUUGACAGCUCCAAGCAAGAGGCCAUUGAUGUUUUGCUUCUGGGAAAUACUCUAAAUAGUGAUUUAGCUGACAAAGCUCGAGCACUUUUAACAACUGGAAGUUUGCGAGUUUCUGAACAGACAUUACAGUCAGCCUCUUCUAAAGUACUAAAGAAUAUGUGUGAGAAUUUCUACAAGUAUUCAAAGCCCAAGAAAAUCCGAGUAUGUGUUGGAACCUGGAAUGUGAACGGUGGGAAGCAGUUUCGCAGUAUAGCUUUUAAGAAUCAGACACUCACCGACUGGCUUCUUGAUGCACCCAAGAUAGCUGGCAUCCAGGAGUUUCAAGAUAAAAGAAGUAAGCCAACUGAUAUAUUUGCAAUUGGCUUUGAAGAAAUGGUAGAGUUGAAUGCUGGAAACAUUGUGAACGCAAGCACAACGAAUCAGAAGCUCUGGGCUGUGGAACUUCAGAAGACCAUCUCCAGAGACAACAAGUAUGUGCUGCUGGCUUCUGAGCAGCUGGUGGGCGUGUGCCUGUUUGUUUUUAUCAGACCCCAGCAUGCUCCUUUCAUCAGGGAUGUUGCAGUUGAUACUGUAAAGACUGGAAUGGGAGGUGCCACUGGAAAUAAGGGAGCGGUUGCAAUUCGAAUGUUAUUCCACACGACAAGCCUUUGCUUCGUCUGCAGCCACUUUGCGGCGGGGCAGUCACAGGUCAAAGAAAGAAAUGAAGAUUUUGUAGAAAUAGUACGGAAACUGAGUUUUCCUAUGGGAAGGAUGCUGUUUUCCCAUGACUAUGUAUUUUGGUGUGGUGAUUUCAACUAUCGAAUCGAUCUCCCUAAUGAAGAAGUUAAAGAGCUCAUAAAACAGAAAAAUUGGGAUUCUCUUAUAGCAGGAGAUCAACUUAUCAACCAGAAAAAUGCUGGACAGAUUUUUAGAGGAUUUUUAGAAGGAAAAGUAACCUUUGCUCCGACAUAUAAAUAUGAUUUGUUUUCUGAAGACUAUGACACGAGUGAAAAGUGCCGCACACCUGCAUGGACAGACCGUGUCCUCUGGAGAAGAAAGAAAUGGUCUUUUGAUAGAUCAGCUGAAGAUAUAGAUCUCCUGAAUGCUAGUUUUCAAGAUGGAAGCAAAAUCCUCUACACGUGGACUCCGGGCACUUUGCUACACUACGGGAGGGCCGAGCUGAAGACCUCCGACCACAGGCCUGUCGUCGCCCUCAUUGAUAUAGAUAUAUUUGAAGUGGAAGCUGAAGAGAGGCAAAACAUUUAUAAAGAAGUCAUUGCAGUUCAGGGUCCACCAGAUGGUACCGUACUGGUCUCAAUCAAAAGUUCUGUACCAGAAAAUAAUUUCUUUGAUGAUACUUUGAUUGAUGAGCUUCUGCAGCAGUUUACAAAUUUUGGUGAAGUUAUACUCAUAAGAUUUGUAGAAGAUAAAAUGUGGGUUACAUUUUUGGAGGGAAGUUCUGCCUUGAAUGUUCUAAGCCUAAAUGGUAAAGAGUUAUUGGGUCGGACUAUAACUAUUACUUUAAAAAGUCCAGAAUGGAUCAAAACUUUGGAAGAAGAAAUGAGUUUAGAGAAAAUUAGCGUUCCGUUGCCAUCGUCAACAAGCUCUACCCUGCUCUGUGAAGAUGCAGAGGUCGCAGCAGAUUUCGAUAUGGAAGGUGACGUUGAUGACUAUAAUGCUGAGGUAGAGGAAAUUCUUCCUCAACAUCUCCAGCCGUCUUCAAGUUCUGGCCUUGGCACUUCCCCGAGCUCUUCACCCCGGACCAGCCCCUGCCAGUCACCUACAAUAUCAGAGGGUCCUGUACCUUCCCUUCCCAUAAGACCAAGCCGAGCACCAUCAAGAGCGCCUGGGCACCCACCUUUACAAAGCUCUCCUACUGACACUCUGCCAGCAACACAGCCGCAGCCUAAGGACUCUACCCAGAUCCUAGAGCCCAAGCGGCCGCCUCCUCCCCGCCCAGUCGCUCCUCCCACACGUCCGGCUCCCCCACAAAGACCGCCUCCACCUUCAGGGUCUAGGAGUCCUGCACCUGCUAGAAAAGAAUUUGGAGGUAUUGGAGCCCCUCCCAGUCCUGGGGUAGCUAGGCGAGAGAUGGAAGCACCCAAAAGCCCUGGAACAACACGGAAAGAUAAUAUAGGACGCAAUCAGCCUUCACCUCAAGCAGGACUCACAGCCCCAGGACCUAUUGGAUACAAUACAGCCAGACCGACCAUUCCGCCCCGCGCUGGAGUGAUCAGCGCCCCUCAGAGCCAUGCUUGGGCAUCUGCCGGAAGACUGACUCCUGAAAGCCAAAGCAAACCAUCAGAAGUACUGAAAGGUUCACCUUUUCUUCCUGAACCCCUGAAGCCUCAGGCUGCCCUGCCUGUGCAGCCUUCUCUGCCCCAACCUGUUCAAAAGAUGCAGGAGCCUCUUGUCCCUAUGGCAGCGCCUAUGCCUCCGGCUGCCCCCCCGCCAAACUUGGACACCCCCCCACAAGCACCACCUCGGAGCAGGUCGUCCCACAGCUUGCCUUCAGAACCAUCACCACAGCCGCAGCAGGAGCAACCAUCAGGGUAACAGGUAAAAACAGAUGGAGUCUCCGCUGUCAGACUGGAAUCACCAUCAAAGAGUGACCCAUUUGAAGAUCUAUCAUUUAAUCUGCUUGCUGUAUCAAAGGCGUCACCUGUUCUAACCCCAGACCCAAAGGGGUUGAUUCAGUUGUCUUCUGCAACACCAAGUAACAUUAAUACUUUGAGUUCUGUAAGUUGCAUGCCGACAUUGCCUCCAGUUCCAGCCCGGAGUAAAUCCCAGGAAAACAUGCGGUGUUCUCCAAACCCAUUCAUUACCAGCUUGACCAGCACAGAUCCUUUCACCGACAGGACUGCCGCUCCUGGAAACCCAUUUAGAGCCAAGUCUCAAGAAUCAGAGGCAACUUCCUGGUUCUCCAAAGAAGAGCCUGUUACUAACAGUCCUUUCCCUUCUCUGAAGCCUCUUGGUCGUACUAAUAGCAAGCCUUCAUCUUCACUUGAUGGCGUUAAGGACAGUUUUGAUCUGCAGGGCCAGUCUACAGUAAAAAUUAGCAACCCAAAAGGAUGGGUGACCUUCGAGGAAGAAGAGGACUCUGUGAAAGGGAAGUUCAAAUCAGCUUGUCCAGACUUACUGGGUAAUCAACCAAGUUCGUCUUCUGGCUCCAACGUGACCUUUGAUGAGGACUGGAAUAAAGGUACAGAUGUUUCUUUCUGUGCGUUGCCCUCAAGAAGACCACCUCCACCUCCUGUCCGUCUGCCCCCACCUGGCACCACCCGUCCAGUAGAUCCUUUCACAGCUUCGGCAUCUAAGGCCUCACCCACACUAAACUUCACAGAAAGAUAAUGCUAGACAAUAGGAAGCAGUUGUUUUCCAGUUUUGGCAGCCUAGAGCCAAAAGAAUUGGGCAUUAGUUACUCAUUAUGUGCAAUAAGUCAUUGUUAAGUGCACUGAUAUCGUCAUGAAAUACCACUAUUUAAUGUGUACAAAGUUGGAAUAUAUGUAUAUUGGAAAUAAGGAAAAGUCCUUUUCAUUAUUAACUGGAGUUUGGGUGUGUUUCUGUUUGGAUAACGAAGAGAGUAGUAGCCAUAAAAAGUGCUCAAAACUACUUUAGAAAAUAGUCCUUAUUCAGAAAUUCUUUGUUCGUCUUCUCUAAAGAAUCUAAAAAAGCCCAAACAACUUCUAGCUGACAUUACUGCCAGCCCUCUCGUGCUUCUUAACAAUUGGAAGUUAUAAGUAUUUACCAAAGAGCUGUGAAAAUGAUACUGAAACCAGAUUUGGGAAAGCAUUGCUUUAAAAAAAAAAAGCGUGUGUAUACACACACACACUCUGUCUUUCUCUCUCUCUCUCACAUAUUUGUAAAACUCAUCAUUUAAAUUCUAGGAUAUAACUCAGACCAAAUUUUUACCUAAAAGUUAUAAGUUUUUUUUCAGUAUUUCAUUAUCAAAAUGAUGACUGUAAAUGAAAUUUGGACAUUUCAUUUUCUUCCCAAAACUAGAAUAAUCCUCACUACAGAACCAGAAUUUUCUGCCAUUCCACACCCCACCCCUUCAGACACACACAACACACGUUCUAGGUACUCUCCACUCGUGCCCCCACAUGCUUUUCUCUGGGAGAAGCUUCUUGCAGCUGGAAGCAGCAUAUUUUGUGGCCACUGUCAUGUAGAUGGACCCUCCAGCCCUUUCAAAAAAGUGCUGUGGCCUUCUGUGUUGGGAAGGCACAUACCAGCGAGUCCAGUGAGAAAAGCUAGAGCUGAGUGUACUCUGCUCUCCAUACAUACAGGCAUAUGUUGCCUCUUUCCCACCCAUACCUUUCUCUUUGCUGCUUUUGCUCUGGAACUUCAUUAGCAGGAAAAGCAGCAGGUGUCAGAGUGCUUUGAAUCGGGGACCCACUAAGCGUGUGUUCUCUGUCCCCCUAAGAGGCCACAGAACACAUCUAUGAUGCUGCUUUAUGUUCUUAGAGGCUACACCUCAGAUUAGCUGUGGAUUUUGUCUCCUGCACUGCCAAUAUACAGCUGAUCCUGCUUUUAUUAAUUUUAUGAAGUACACAGAAUUUUUACAGAAUGUAGUAUUUUGAUAUCAUUAAGUAAUCCCAAUCAGAAAACUCCUUGAGCAGUUGUGGUUUUGUUGUCAGUUUCAUUUAAAAUUGUCGUUACCCAUUAAGACUUACAUUAACGUUCCUUUUAUAUGAAGAGUUGUGUAUGUCCACCUCAAUUCCGUUAGCCACAUUUAACCUUUAAAGGUGUGCAUUGGAGAGUAUCAGAAAAUAGAGUUAAUGGCUAAGAAUAUGUAAAGUGGAAAAGCACAGCAAACUGCAUUGCACUUAACCACAUAAAGCAAAUCUAUUAGGAAAAAAGUACUUUUCUAAAUGCUCAAAUGUUAUCAAAAUACUAUAUUUAUAGAAGUAAUCCUCUCUGUUAACAGCCAGGAUUUGCUGUUAGAAAUAACUCUUGUGAGUUUUAUAUUGUGCUUUUUUUUGGGGGGGGGGUUCUAAUCAUUUCAGCAUUGGUAUAUUUUAAACAGCAGUAUUACUAUAAGCAGUGUGCUUCAAAAUGUGAAUUAACUUGUUGAAACUGUGGCUUUAACAGCUGUGUGAUUAGUGUAUUUGGUAUUUGCUCUCCAUUAGCAAAAUAAUUCAUUAUAAACUUCUCUAGUACAGAUUGCAGUUCUGUUUCCCAUUGAAUAUAAACUACUGUCUAAAAUAUACAUGUCAUGCAGCAGCAGCUCAGCCUUUAUCAGGAAAAUUAUAUUUGGCAAGUUGCUGAAAGUGCACAAGGUUAGAAAAGUUAAGGGUAUGCUGCAAAUAACUAGCCGUUACUCUGCAUAUUAUUAAAAUAUUUACCAGUUCUGUUAAAAGCAGAGCAGAAAUUAGACACUAAGGAUCUCUUUGUGAAUUCUUUGUUCUCUAUAGUAGAUUGCUGUUUAUAUGUAAGAGUUUUAUUGCUUAUGUGGCAGACAGUAUUUAUAACUAUAUACUUUAUAGACGUACAGUAUUAAAGUCAGUGGGAUACAAACAUUCUGUACAUAUCCUGUGAAAUGUGCUAUCAUACGAAAUAAAUAUAUCUGUCUUUACCAUA